CUAAACAUGGCGGACAAGGAGAAGCGGCGGCCCGGGAUACCGGAGGGAAGAGCUGCAAAAGCGGAUACCGACCAGGACUUUCUGGCGCAGGCGGGGGUCGGGGAGCUUCUCCGCGAAGCUAUCCUAAAGCUCGUCGAGGCCAGGUCAGACGACCCCAUCGGGUUCCUCGCUGACCACUUCUGCAACUUGGCCUCCGCAGCCGAGACCGGCACCGCUGGAUGCGGUGACGGGGAUCAGAUGAGUAACGGCCCGCAGGAUCAGCAGCAUCUCAACCGGGCCCUGUGGCACCUGCGGCUGGCCCACCACUCGCAGAGGUCUGCCUUCAGCAACAACGUCCGAGUCGCCUAUGACCUCCUUCUAAAUGUGAAUGGACCUGGAAGAAGUCCAGGUGGAGUUCCAGAAGAGACUGACUCUUCUGAUUGUCCCAGUGGUGGAGGCGGAGUCAGGGGGGGCAUCUACACUCAGGCACUGCAGUGUCUGUGCAGUGAGGGCGGUGUCCCUGCCUCUACCUCUGCUCCUCUCCUCACUCGUCUCCAUUGUCAGGACCAUGAAGCCGUCCCCUACGACGUCUUCCGCCACGGCGUGCUCACCUGUACCGUCUUCUCAGACUACAUCCGUCAGGCACAGAAGCUGUACGCGGAAGUGUGCUGCCCGGAGGAGGGGACUGCUUCGCGGGCUCUCUGCCUGGCAGUGCUGGGCACCCUGAGGGAGGCGCUGGAGACCUCCACUGCUUCUGACGCGAACUCUGCUAACACUAAUGCGAAGAACAUUAUGUGCCCGGAGCCCAAUAUGAAAGCGAUCCGAUACCUGGAGGCCAGUGCCAAGCUCUCCCCUCACAGGCUGGCCCACACCUUGUCCGGGACCAGGAGUCGAGGCCAGGGUGGGAAUAUGGAUGCAAAGGAGUUUGAGAAUGAAGCGGCAGAACUGUUUAUCAACCGCGUGAAAGUGGUCUGCUAGGUUUCCCUCCUCUUCAGUUUAAUGAAAACUCGCAGUUAGUUGCCAGUCAGCCAUAACAUUUUGGGGAUUGGGGACACCUCUAAUCACUGGACGCAUCACUGUGGGAACUAUUUUAGUUCCUCUGGCCAUAAGGUGUUUACCUUAGCAGCUAAUCCACUCCCAGCAAUCAUAAGUCAGUAAUAGUUUUGUGGCUGACCAUUACAUAUUCUAAUGCUGCUACUGUAUGUGUACUGUAUGUGAGUGAGUUAUUUUUGUAGAAAUUUUGUUUACCACUUUUGUUUGUGUAUAAUAAAGUGUGUUAGGAGAUGUUUUAAGUAUGCAUGUAUUUACCUUAUCUUACCAUACCUUAUUUAUUUUGUGUUUCUCAAGUUAGAGCAGUGAGAAAGUGCCAUUCAUGCUGAAUGAUGUCAUGCAUGUAUUAAA